AUGGACGUCGAGGCAUCAGAAGCUCCGAAGUUCACCGCAGUGGACUACGUGGUGUUCUCCCUAAUGCUGGUGGUGUCUGUGGGCAUCGGCGUGUACAGCUCCCUCAGGGGCAAAGGGGCGUCCUCCACCCAGGCCUUCCUGCUGGGGGGCCGAGACAUGUCCCUCGCGCCCGUGGCCUUUUCUCUGACGGGCGGCGUCAUUUCGGCCAUUUCCAUUUUGGGGCUGCCAACGGAGCUGUAUCUGUACGGGACGCAGCUGGUCAUGAACAUCCUCGGCGCCGUCGUCGGGGUGCUGGUGGUCAGGAACAUCAUCCUCCCCAUCGUGUACCCGCUCAGGCUCGUCUCCAUCUACCAGUACAUCGAAAUCAGAUUCAAGUCCAGAGUACUCAGGAAGUUCGCGACGGCCUGUCAAUUGCUCUCGUCAUGCUUCUACGUCGGCCUGUGUCUGUACGCGCCCUCCCUCGCGCUCUCCUCCGUCACGAACCUCCCCACCUGGGCCUCCGUCAUCAUCAUGGGCAGCAUCUGCACCUUCUACAUCACUAUUAUGUCGUAUAUUAUGUAA